GGCUCUGACUCACGCUGACGAUCCGCACACGGCAACAUUUCAGACUCCACCUGACCUGCAACCUGACAGGAGGUAUUUGAUGACGGCUUAAGGCAACUUUUCCUCUGCUUUCUGGGCUUUUUUUUUCUACCUGCUCUUGGCGGCAUAUCCUCCUUUCAUCCAGGGCUUCAAACAAAGUCAAAAUGCAUGUUAUUGUUUCAUAAACACCAGAUGGCGGUUAGUUGAAAUAAAGCACAUCAAAGUGUGCCAGGACGGGACAAGGUGUUUUCUUCGCCUCUUCUAUAACAACUACGGACGAGUGAACUUGUUUUUUUUUUCUUUUUGUGGCGCGUCGUCCUUUUAUAUUCGCCCUGAAUUUUCUCAAACAUCACCCGAGCACCCUCAUUUUUCCUCCUCCACCGCCACUUCUUUUUUUCUCUUCCUCGACCGCUUUCACUUAUCAUAACACCAGCCUCAGAGGAGACAAGACUUCACUGCCAGUGGUGAAAAAAAAGGAAUCAAAAUAACAAUUUAGCCAACAACAGCACAGGAUUGGACAUUCACGAGGAUGCUACUCCCGCACAGACACUCCUAGACGGUCCAAACAGCCGCUGCCAACAUGUUUAGGCGAGGUUAUGGCGGGGUGGAGUUACUGUUGGUGCUCUGCGGCCUGGAUCUCUCUCUGCCGUGCCCUCGCCACUGCAUCUGCUACACUUCACCUAGCACCGUCUCCUGCCAGGCCCACAACUUCCAUGCCGUGCCCGAGGGCAUCCCGGCUCAGAGCGAGCGCGUCUUUUUGCAGAACAACAAGAUCCAGCGGCUGCUCCGCGGCCACUUCUCGCCGACCACCACCAUGUUGUGGCUCUACUCCAACAACAUCUCCUACAUACAGCCGUCCACCUUCCACGGCUUCGACCGCCUGGAGGAGCUUGACCUCGGGGAUAACAAGCACCUGAAAGCCAUCGCUUCAGACACGUUCCUUGGUCUGGGUCGACUGCACGCCCUGCAUCUAUACCACUGUGGUCUGAUCAGCCUGCCUCCAGGGAUCUUUGCGGGGCUCCAUAAUCUUCAGUAUCUCUACCUACAGGACAACCAGUUGGAGUUCCUGGAAGAUGACCUUUUCAUUGACCUGCUGAACCUCAGCCAUCUUUUCCUGCAUGGAAACCGACUAUGGAGCCUCAGGCAGAACACCUUCCGUGGUCUUGGGGUCUUGGAUCGCCUUCUUCUCCACCAGAACCGAAUCCAAUGGGUGGAUCGCCAGGCUUUCCAUGACCUGCGACGCCUCACCACCCUGUACUUGUUCAAUAACUCCCUGACAGAGCUAUCUGGUGCCAGCUUGACUCUCCUGCCAGCCCUGGAGUAUCUGCGACUGAAUGACAACCCUUGGGAGUGUGACUGUAAAGCCCUGUCUCUUUGGGAUUGGCUGCGAAGGUUCCGAGGCUCCACUUCCUCUCUGAUUUGUGUUUCACCACCAGAGCUGGUGGGAAAGGACCUGAAAGCACUCAAGAAAGAGGAGCUACCCAGUUGCUUGUCGAGUGAGGGUCGUGUUGGGGGAAGGGAGAUGGAGCACGGAGAGUCUUUGAACCACCUGAAUCGCCACAGAAACCAUCACAAUCAUCAUCAGCGCCCAUACUUGCCCCAUGGGGACCAGUACAACCUCCCUUCACCCUCACCCCUGCCGCGGCCACCCAAGUCAGGCCGCAGAAACUGUACCCGCAGAGGGCGUAAGGCAAAGGGUGGGCUCAAUGAGGUGCAGGUGCACCAGAUGGAGGGUGAGAAAGACUUCUCUCCAGAGGGAGGUAAAUAUGGUCUGUCUGGAACUACAAGGAGGAAGAACAAGUGCAUCCCCAGAACUUCUGUUGGCCCACCAAGUGGGGUCCAGAGAGCAAACAAUAAAGCAGGAUCCCACACUGCUGCUUCUAUUUUCUGUUUACCAUCAGCUCUGCUGCUAUCACUCAUCUCUGUGAUCCUACGCUGAGGCAGGAAAUGGACAUGUUUGUGCUGGUGAUGCAGCCAAUGGAUUCACUCUGCUGAACCACCCUGCCCCGGCUUUUUUGAUGAGGCACAUGUGCAAAACUAUGCGUGUACAUGACUGUGUACAAAGAACAUUAUCAAAUAUCUACUGUGGAAGUAUCCCUGUGGUAAAAAGGCAGGAGUCUUUACAAGUCACAACAAAAGUAUGGCAGUCAGGGAAAUCAAUUAAGCCCAUUUCUUUGAUGAUGUCACCAAGGAAAACAACAGGAAAACAAAACUUUACGUCAGUCUCUGUGGCACUGAUUGCCUCACAAAAUGUAUGUACUUAUAAAAACUGUACAGCCACAUAUUAAAUGAGCCAAUGAUCCAUUCAAAUAAUAGCAAAAAGAAUGCACAAUACAAAUCAAAACGGUCCAAGGCUCUGUCUCCAUGUUUAGCCCUUUUCACACAAUAAUGCUCUCUCAGCACGCCAUCCAUCUGUCACUCAUGCUGAGACAGAAGCACAGUCAUUCUUUCCUGUCACACUGAUCACUCAGCAGCACCUUAAGAUCCAAAAUACUGCAGACAUAAAACGCAGUGACAUGAGUCAUUGUUUAAGCAGUAAAACGUCUAACAUCAUAUACCUGCAGAGUGCUUUUAUUUUGACAUGUGUCACAGUAAAGUGGACCUACGUUAUUGCACAGCUGUGUUCUUGAAUUCUAGCCUAAACUCUGAAAAAACACCACUGGAGUUGUGACACAUCUCUUUUACUCUAUCAUUGCCCUUGCCCUUUCAUAGCAUUAACCUAAAAAGCCAUUCAGAACUGACCUAUGAUUUUAAGAGCCAACUUGUCACAGUCAGCGAAAAUGAAUGAGUGAAGACUUCUGUGUAUUAUUUGUAUGUGUGUGUGUGUCCACUGAAAAUGAUCACUAAAGCCAUGCGGGUAGAACGACACUAGAUAGCAAGAGUGCCUAACAAGAGCCAGUGAGCCAAAGAGGACAAACCAGUGGACAGUUUCAUUCACUCUUCAGCCCUCACUGGCUACAAAAACAAAGACCCCAACAAGCCUGGAUGGUCGACUGAAGCAGGCAAAGGAAAAGGAGUCUUUGUCUGAGAAACUUCUGACUCCAAAAAACUAUAUGCACUUUCUUUGCAACCCUGUGGAGGCUAAUAAGACAAAAAUAUAUAUCAUUGGAGACACACGAUUCAAUCCAAUGAGUCACAUGAGGGUUUUGAACACUGGGGGAAAAGGCUUUAAUCAGGGAGGAAUACUUAUAACCACCAACCCAACAUUGCAAUAUAUCACCUGCAAUGAUCUAUUCACCUGCUGAACUUGAUAACAAAAGCAGGCCAGACUCUCCUGUGAUCAUCACUUGGUGAAGGAAAUAACAACCUGCCACUGAAGUUCACAUUUCAUCUUCUUUGGUGUAUUCAGUGCGCUCCCAAACAGAUGGACUGAACAAUCUCUAAGCCCUGAUUGGAGAGUUGGAUUUUAAUGCUGCUAUGUCUGAGAAAAUCCCUUUCCAAGGCUUGGGAUUUUUUGCUGAGAAGUACCAAGGACUGAAAAGACUGUGGGUAACAGUACCCUGUAUGAACAGAAUUGGUUGAAGUGCACACAUGCCCCUAACAGAGCCCAAUUACCUUUACAGCAGUCUCACUACAAACUACAAACCCCUGCCAAGUCCAGGGCCUCUUGAAUCCCAGAACAGAGCACAACAUGUUGUCUAUGUUUUGAUCUUUGACCACGGUUAUUUCAGAGUCUGUCAGUAAAAGUCUUAAGUAGGGAUGGGGAGACCUAGCUCAAUCAAGAAAAUAGCGCAAUAGCCAUGUUGAUAGUCAUGUUCGUAAGUGACCAAUCAAGUUGACUAAAAAUAAAUCUCAACUCGGACUAACAUAUUAGUCUAAAGGUGAGAAAAAACUCAGAAAUAGUCCAAACUUAGCACAACUAAUUCCAAAUUGUUUUUCAGUAACCAAUGUAAUUUGGUUGUCUAAAGGUGGCUAAAGUCAGCAGUGCAAACACCACCGGCCUUCGGUCCAUCUUGCAGGCUAACAUUCUCGUGUCUGUAGUGGAUUUGGUAAGACAUAACUCCUAUUGAUGUGCCAGUUUAAACUGUCACAGCCUACAUAUAAUUUCACAUCAGUUAUCUAAAUCCAAAUACUGCCAGACAUGUUUCCCCUAUAAGAUGGUUUUCUUGCUUGUUUAUAGGGCUCAACAGUGCGGUUCAGGAAGCAAAAAUCCCAUUCAUUUACUCCACAGUACAUUUGGUUAUUAGCUCUAUUAUCGAAAUGACCCAAGAUAAACCUAACACGAGCUACCUGAGUCUGAAACCAUAGUAUAUGCUCAUGUAGAAGACAUGACAUAUGAACCUUAUUUUAAGAAAAACUUCUACACAAUCUCAGCCAAAAUUACCCAGACCCACAAUCCUAUCAUGGAAAUUCUACAAAGCCUGCUAACAAAGGCUGUUACCUGUUGACAAUGACAAUGCAUGUCGCCACAUUAUGAAGCAAUAAAUACUCAAACUACGACAUUAUCAUUUCAAAUAUAAUCACUACAAUAAAGAUAAGUGUAGGAAAAAUGGUUUGAAUGUUUGAAAAGUUAUCAUUAACAACAAAGAAAAUGAAAAGCAAGGGAUUGUGGGAUACAUAGUUCCUUCCUUGUAAAGAAAUAUGGACACUGUCUUCUAGCUUUGGUUUUUUCUCCAUUUUUCAAACGUUAUUUUUGCACCAUAUCAAAUCUUUUAUAGUCAUGAGUACUCAGGUGGCUUGGUCCAUGCAUCUAAAGCAUUGUAAUAAGAACUCUACAAAAUAUUUAUGGGGUAUCUGAAUGGUGAAAAUCACUUCUGGAAACAGCACGGCCAAAUUGGGCCGGCACUGUUCAGCAGUCCUGGCAGUAAAGUCUGAAGAGAAGGCGCAUUAGCCAGGGCCAUUCUGUGGCUACAGAUACAGCUAGUGGUAGUCAGCAUGGACGUGAUAUUUGAAUGGCACAGAGGGGCCAAGGUGUACGGAAUGCAUUUAAUUCUGGUGUAAACAAAAGAGGGUAAAAAUGUUUAUUGUUUAGACCGCUAAAAGCACACAGCCUUAGUAAUAAUAAUAUUGUGAAAGAGUGGCAUGGUUUCCUAAAGCAGUGGUUCCCAACCUUGCAAGCUACCCCCCCCCAGCCAGGACUCACUUAGGAAAAUUAAUAUCAAUUUUAAUUGUUUUCAUUGAAAAAAUCCUAACAUAACAGAGCAAAAGAUCCAUGAAUAAACUAUCCAAUAUUGUGACAGUGUAUAAUGGCCAUUCUAAAAAUAAAAAAAAAACAAAAACAAAGAGACCAGAAAAUUAAACCAAAAUGCUUUACCUUUGACUUUUUGGGUUGAAUGAUACUGGGACAUUCAUCCUCCUCCUCUCCUCUCACGACAGCCAUUGUACACACUCCCAAACUAGCAAGUCCUGCUAAUUAAAAAUAACAAUUCAACAUUAAUUGAAUUUGGCUGGUGCAGAAGCUAGUAAGCUAACACAACACAGUGACACUGUCACUUUAUGAUGAGUUCAUGGACUGGUUGGCAAAGGUGAAGUAAAUUAAAUGCCAUCAUGAUUUGUUCUCAUCUAAAAUCAUUGAGAAAAAUCUAUGUAAAGGCAAAAAAUCUUGAGUAAAUACACUGUUUAAGGCAAAUUUGCACAUUUUCCAUGCAAUCAAACACAGAUGUAAAAAAUGGAAUUCCAAGUUGUUUAACUGCAAACUCAUUUCAUGAGUCCAAUUUUAGCAUCAAUAGAGGUAUCAAGUAAGACUCAAAGUGUCUCUAAUAGUAUGGUUAAAAAUGAAAACAAACACGUUCCCCACCCUGGACUUGAGUGCUCUGUCACAAAAGAUGGUCACAAACGUGAAGAUUCAUACAGGCUAUCUGGGCACCUUAAAGUCUCUCCAGGUCUUAUAGCAUUACAACUUUAUGAGCUCUAUUUGAAAAGGGACUGCCCUUGUAUACAGAUGACUAAGCUAAAUUCAUCACAUGUUAAUUGAAAGCACAAAAACAUUUGUUUGGUUUGAUGGUAACCUAAAAACAUGGUUUGUAUGGGGAUCCAAGAGCAGGGUCCACUUUUGUACCCUGCAUGUUUGUGUUUUCUGCAGAGCCGCGCCUUUCUCGUGUCUAUCUAAAUGUUGGGGAUGAACAGGAAGCCUGUUGCUGGUGUCGUUCUCAUGACAUGUAGGAUUAGAGACCCCUACUGGUGAACUUGUUUGUGCUGCUGUGAACCCAGAGGUGAUGUAAAUUGUGUCCGUUUAUUCUUGUGAGGAUGACUUUUUGUAUAAAAAAAAGAAGAAAGAAGAACAAAAAAAAGAGAAAUGUUCCAUUGUGUCUCUGUAGUUCCCUUAAAAAAAUAAACAGGGAGCUUGGGGCUGGAACUUAAUUUUUUUAUUUAAUAUGAUUAUUAUCAUUAUUUAAUAUUUUUCAGUUCUGCCUUUUUGGUUUUGCUGACUCAUUCAAGAUAAAGCAUACACUGCACUGGCCCCCUCCUGCACCUCUCUUCUUUUCUAUCCUCAUAUUCAUUCACUCUUUUUUUUCUCACCCUGCCUCCUCCUGUCUGUCUGCCUAUUCUUCUCCUCCUCUUCCUCUCCUUUUCCCCUCUCUAUCUCCUUAUUGUUUCCUCUCCUCUCUUCAUUUGUGCAACCCAAAUGUUUUGUAUGUGGUUAUCAAACAA